AUGUAUAGUUUCGAUGGAAAGAAGAACCUUGUGCUUUCUACAACUAGCUGGAUUGGUGGAAAGAAUGAUUUUCUUGGUAUUGCUUAUCUUACUGUAGGUGGAUUGUGUUUCUUUUUGGCUAUGGCUUUCACUGUCGUAUAUCUAGUUAAGCCAAGGCAGCUUGGAGAUCCAACAUAUUUGUCAUGGAACCGGAACCCAGGAGCUAGAACUCUGAAUAACAAUCCUUCCUCGACGAACAAUCAUCAUCAUGAACGCCAUGAAACGUCCUUUUACAUGCUAGAUGUUCUUAGUCUAAAACACCCUUCAUCAAGACCUGCAUCAACAAGAGUAAAUAGUCAUCAUCAAAUUCCCUUCUCGAAACCAUUAGGCUAUUUCCCUCCAGUAGGAGGCAUUCCCUUGACCGACACAAACCCAAAUGUUGGAAUGAACGGAUUGCAUACUCACACGCUUGAUUUGGAAGGGAUCAGCAUGACAUUCCCAGCUAUAGCCACACUUCAAGAAUUAGAACUAGGGACAGUGAUAACAAUCGAUGAGGACAUAUACAAAGGUUCCAUUUACGGUUCAUCUUUGAAGGGAAAAGCUCAAGGAAUGUAUGUAGCAAGUUCAGAAGACGGUAGCAGUCAUAUGAUGGCGAUGACUACUACUUUUCUUGGUAAUGAGUAUGAAGAUAGUCUAAGGUUUUUCGGGGUGCAUAGGGGCGAUGUUUUUGAAUCACAUAUAGCAGUAAUAGGAGGUACCGGAAAGUAUCAUGAUGCAAAUGGCUAUGCUACUGUCAAGAUUGUCAAUGUAACAUCUAACAAAAAUGAAGAAGCAUAUAAGAUUCUUUCAUUCAAUGUUUAUCUUGGUUAA